GCUCCGCUUCAGCUAAUUAUAUAGAUUAACACUCUGCACUUAGCAAGCGGCCCCGCGCCUCUCUUUCUUUCUCGAAAUUUCUGUGUAAAGAAGCAAUAAAUAUAGACAGCAACUUGGAAUAGCCAAGCAAUGUAGGACCCUCCACUUCCGUACUGAAGGGUGUACCAAAAAUGUACCCAAACCCACUAGAUGAACAACUCAGAUCUCAAUAAAUUGGCACCACCAACCUCAGUGCCCCUAUUGUUAUGCCCUUCUAGUUCUCUUGCAUGAGAAGAUAAAAAAGAGAGAUUUAGCAAAAAUCAUCGAUGGAGGAGGGAGAUACAAAUCGACCAUCACUAGGGUUCCCGGUAGGUUUAGUUCUUCUAUUGUUUAUGUUGUUUAUCAUGAGUGGCUUGUUCAGUUGCUGCCUCCACUGGGAAAAGGUACUUUCCCUACUUGGAGUUUCAAGCGAGGACAAUCAUUCCCACAUCGAAGAAGAUGUAGAACAUUUGCCCCAGAAAUCUUCACCCCCUCAUGUGAUGUUGAAGAGAAAUCAAGGCCAGAGCCUUCCAGUUUUGAUGCCAGGGGAUCAAGUUCCAAAGUUUAUAGCAAUGGCAUGUCCAUGUGAGCCUCCGCGAACUGAGAAGAUAACAGUGCAAAUUCAGAAGCCACCUUCUUUUCCAGUACCUUUAUACUGAUUAGUGACUUCGCAGUACUGCGCGAUCAUUUUGUGUGUGUGUGUGUAUAUAUAAUAGACAGACUAGGAUGUAUCAAUUAAUUAGUUCAAAUUUCUUAUUUUUUGGCUA